ACCGCAAAACGAGUGCGAAUGACCAAGGUCGGGAAAAGACCGGAUUAAGGCGCCCUGGUUCGGCGAUAGAAUAUCGCUUGUGGCUUUUAUCAAGUCGUUCGUUCAUCAAAUAGACGGCCAAAAUGGAGUUCAACAUCGACGACCUGCCCGUUCUUUUCCCCUACCCACGCAUUUACCCAGAACAAUAUGCCUACAUGGUGGACUUGAAAAAAACUCUCGAUGCCGGGGGAAACUGCGUGUUGGAGAUGCCUUCGGGCACAGGCAAGACCGUCACCCUGCUGUCGCUCAUCGUGGCAUACCAGCAGUACUAUCCGUCACACCGCAAGCUGAUAUACUGCUCUCGAACAAUGUCCGAGAUCGAAAAGGCGCUGGUCGAGCUGAAGGCUUUGAUGAAAUUCCGUACUGAACGGCUUGGGCACGAAGAGGAGUUCCGAGGGCUAGGCCUCACCAGUCGCAAGAAUCUUUGUCUACACCCGUCCGUAAGACGGGAGAAGAGUGGUAACGUCGUUGAUGCACGGUGCCGCAGCCUCACGGCGGGCUUCGUCAAGGAGAAGAAGGAAAAGGGGGAGGAUGUCGAGGUUUGCGUCUACCACGACAAUCUUGAUCUCCUCGAAUCUCACAACCUCGUACCCAAUGGCGUCUGGACGUUGGACGGCCUCUUGCGAUACGGCGAGGAACACAAGCAGUGCCCUUACUUCACUGCCCGACGGAUGAUGCAAUACUGUAACGUCAUCAUCUACUCGUACCACUAUCUCCUCGAUCCCAAGAUUGCCGAGCGCGUCUCCAAGGACCUAUCAAAAGACUGCAUCGUCGUCUUUGACGAAGCCCACAAUAUCGACAACGUCUGCAUCGAGUCUCUAAGCACAGACAUCACGGACGACUCGCUAAGGAGAGCUACACGAGGCGCCCAAAACCUGGAAAAUAAGAUCAACGAGAUGAGGGACUCGGAUCAGCAAAAGUUACAGGAUGAGUACGAGAAGCUCGUGGAAGGGCUCAGGGGCGCCGACGACGGUCACCAGGAAGACUCCUUCAUGGCGAACCCUACUCUCCCCGAUGACCUGCUCAAGGAGGCCGUGCCCGGCAAUAUCAGGAGGGCGGAGCACUUUGUCGCGUUUCUCAGGAGGUUCAUCGAGUAUCUCAAGACGAGGAUGAAAGUCCGCCAGGUGAUAUCGGAAACACCGCCCUCCUUCCUGUCACAUCUCCGAGAGCACACCUUCAUUGAGAAGAAACCUCUGCGGUUUUGCGCGGAGCGGUUGACUUCGCUGGUAAGGACACUAGAGCUCACAAACAUCGAAGAUUAUCAACCGCUACAAGAAGUCGCCACAUUCGCGACCCUUGUGGCAACCUACGAGAAGGGCUUCCUUCUCAUCCUAGAGCCGUUUGAGUCCGACACGGCAGAGGUGCCCAACCCGGUCCUCCAUUUCACCUGCUUGGAUGCCGCCAUCGCCAUCAAGCCCGUGUUUGACCGCUUCAGCUCCGUUGUCAUAACCUCGGGGACAAUGUCGCCGCUGGAGAUGUACCCCAAGAUGCUCGACUUCCCCACCGUCGUCCAGGAGUCGUAUAGCAUGACGCUAGCUAGGCGGUCCUUCUUGCCCAUGAUCGUCACUCGAGGAAGCGAUCAGGCAUCGAUAUCCACCAGCUUCCAGGUCCGCAACGAGCCCAGCGUCGUGCGGAACUACGGCAGCCUCCUGACCGAGUUCGCCAAGAUCACGCCCGACGGCCUGGUCGUGUUCUUCCCCUCGUACCUCUACAUGGAGUCCAUCAUCAGCAUGUGGCAGGGCAUGGGCAUCCUGGACGAGGUCUGGAAAUACAAGCUCAUCCUGGUCGAGACGCCCGACGCGCAGGAGACGUCGCUCGCGCUCGAGACGUACCGCACGGCGUGCUGCAACGGGCGCGGCGCCGUGCUCCUCUGCGUCGCGCGCGGCAAGGUCUCGGAGGGCAUCGACUUCGACCACCAGUACGGGCGCACGGUGCUGUGCAUCGGGGUACCCUUCCAGUACACCGAGUCGCGGAUCCUCAAGGCGCGGCUCGAGUUCCUGCGCGAGACGUACCGGAUCCGCGAGAACGACUUCCUCUCCUUCGACGCCAUGCGGCACGCCGCCCAGUGCCUGGGCCGCGUGCUCCGCGGCAAGGACGACUACGGGCUCAUGGUGCUCGCCGACCGCCGCUUCCAGAAGAAGCGCGCCCAGCUGCCCAAGUGGAUCAACCAGGCCCUGCUCGACGCCGACGUCAACCUGAGCACCGACAUGGCCGUCAGCAGCGCCCGCCGCUUCCUCCGCACCAUGGCCCAGCCCUUCCGCGCCAAGGACCAGGAGGGCAUCAGCACCUGGAGCAUGGACGACCUGGGCAAGCACCAGGAGAAGAUGGACGAGGACCGCAUCAAGGAGCUGCAGGCGCAGCAGGAGAGGGAGCUGAACCCCGUGCCGGCUGGCCGGGCGCUGAUGCGGAACGGGCGGGACAGCGAUUAUGAGAUGGAUGAUGAUGACGAGGCCGAGUUGAUGGCGCUGGAUAACGAUGGCUGAGGGUGGGGGGGUAGUCGACGUGCCGUGCAGUACCGGGAUGGCGGCAUCACACAACCGAAUGAAAAAGGCCACGGAGAUAGAAGCGGCUCC